AUGACUGCUCAAUUUGAUCACCAGCCAGCUCUCGAGCCAACAACGUCAAGUAAUCCGAGAGACAUUUUGGAUCCCGCGACUCGAAGACGACUCCAAAAUCGCCUCAAUCAACGUGCGAGCAGAAAGAGAAAGGCGUUAGAGUCUAAAACCCAACACAAAACGCCAGAUAGGAAAUGGAUUGUCUAUGUCGAUGAUUCAAACAUCCCAAAAAGAAGCACAUCUACAGAAGAAGCAACAAGCCAUCAAGUUACUCAAUUAUCGUUGCCUCUCAACCAAAAUGAAGAAUAUCUAUCUUACUUCAAAUCUUCUGAGUGCGAUGCGUUUAUGAACAAGCUUUAUGGAAAAGCCCUGCAUACGAUUGAGAACCCGGUCCUCUCACGCAAUCCCACUGUUUGCGACGCCCAGUUCAAUGUAUUUCGCGCUAUAUCAAUCAAUGCCAAUCUGAUGGGCCUCACAUUUGAUCUUCUCAAUGAAGACAUCGCGUCGCAAUUCAACCUCGCCGGACCAUUGAUGUCGGCGGUACAUCUCCCAGCAAGCCUGUUUCCAUCCCAGAAACAAAGAAAGAUUAUCCACCACCCCUGGAUUGAUUUAAUUCCAAUGUUAUCUCUACGGGAGGCUCUUUUGAUCAGAGUAGAUGUAAUUGACGAAGAUGAACUAUGCGUUGACUUUUAUGGAACUUGUGCUCCGUCGCAAGAAGUCGGGCUUCGCGUUUGGGGCGAAGCUUGGGAUCCAUUCGCUUAUGAGUUCUCGGAGGCGAUUAUCAGGAAAUGGAGAUGGAUGGCAACAGAUUGUCCUGACAUAGUCAAAUCUUCCAAUUACUGGAGGAGACAGCGAGGGGAGAAGCCUAUCGUGUUCGAGGUCGAGUGA